CUUUAGGUGUGUGUUCUGUCUCGUGCUUCGUCGUCGUCUUCUUCUUUCUUUUUUUUCUUCAGGUGGAACUAAAAAAACCCUUUCCGUUCGCAGCAAAUCAAACCGCGAUAAAGUUUCACCAUGAUCAGCAUUCUCGCUCAGGAGCGUCUUCUUGGCGCCACGCUGGGUAGCGCCUUGGCCGGAUUCCUCAUUUUGGAGCAGCGAAAACUCAUCCAUGAAUCCGUCGCUGAUCGGAAAUCUCAAUCCGUUGAUCAAUCUCAGGUGAGAGAUGGCAUAUUUGGGGAAAAAUAUCGGAUGGAAUUUGCAGCUCUGUGGAACAAAGCUGUGGACCAGACCUUUGAGCCUGCGAUUGAAUAUCUUAGUUCUCGUAAAUGGUAGAGAUGGAUAAAAAUACGUUAAAAAACUUCGACAAGACUCAUGCAUUUCGAUUGUUCUCCUGAGUCUCUCCAUGUUUGUUUUUUUAAGAUACUAUGAAUUUGGGAAUUUUCUUGAAUACAGCACUAUUCCUGUUUCGUCUACUUUCUUGAGAAGAGAUUUGUUGUGUUUACUGAAAAAGGUUAAGAGAUCCUGUGACCUACGAGCCCGUUAUUAUUAUGUUGGAUUUACUUUGAUAUUGGCAGGUGUUUCUGUAUUCGAUCAUGCAGUAAACAGUCGAAUACUCUAGUGUUAACCACUGCAGAUGGAAAUUUAGAUUAUAAGCUUCAAGAAAAAGUGAAGAGAAGCAUACAUUUCAGCUCAUGUGAUUGUGCAGAAACUUUUACUGCCAUGGGGAGAAGCGAGCAGCCAGAUUCAGUGCAAAGGGUCUAAAGAUUGUGGGUUCAGGCGACACUUGACGUAGGAGCUUUAGCACAAAAUACAAGAAGAACAAGAACACACGAAAGAACGAGUCUUUAAAUAGUAUUAAAAAUUGUUCUGAGCCACCCUAGCAGCAGCAUCAUCCUCAUGGUCUUCUCUUCCAGGGAGAGCAACGGGAGGAGCGUGACGAUCUCGGGGGAGAUGUAUAGCAUCAGAGGGAUCACGCGGUUUAAGCUCGAGAUUCUCGCAGUUACAAAUCUCGACCAUGAAACCAUCAGGAUCAUUAAAGAAGAGCUGGUCAAUAGCUGCGUCUUUCUCGUCACCGACAGUCCUCUUGAUGUACUUCACAUUCACUUCCUUAAGCCUCUUCUCCAAAGCUUCCAUGUCUUCACACUGGAAAGAGAUGUGAUUAUCCAUCGGAUCCAAAUGGUCCGUGUUAGAAGGUAACUUGUCUUCGUCUUUGACCUGAACCAGAUGGAUCCCGACACCGUAGUUGAAUAGCCACGCGCCGUCGAAGUCUAGCGACGCGGGUCGCUCUGUCUCCACGAACCCUAACACUUUGGUGUAGAACUCUAGAGACUUGUUAACGUCUCUGCAUAGCCUUGAUACAUGGUUCAACGCCAUUAAUGGUGCCCUCGAUUCUUCAUCGCAUUUCUUCUUCUUCUCCAACUCCAUUGAUUCGUUGCCUUUCUUCUCCUUCUCCUUCUCCUUCUCCAUUAGGUUUUACUGAGCAAUGGCUUCGGGUAGAAGAAACCAUUACCUUAAAAGCGGGAGCGGUGGAGGUUGGAAUAAGGACACGUGACGGGCGGCUGAAUGGGGAGCUUGCACGUGUGAGCACACAUCAGCUCACGUGUCACACUCUUCACCUUCACGUUACUGUUAUUAUUGGGCCUGCGUUAGGCCUAAGGGCGUCUUCGACUGGUACUGUUACUGUUUAUCAAGUAGUUUCUUGAACGGAGAGACAUUUGUUGUGUCUACUAGAACUGUGACAAAGUGUUUUGUCGUUUGGCUUAAUGGUGAAGAUGCUGACUUUACCAACCGUUAAAGUUUGUUAGAUAUAUGGUAUGAGUAUGUUUUAAACUAGAAUAAUUCUGUUUUUUUUUUUAUAAUGUUUUCAUAUGAUAUGAUAUUCACACGGUGAAUAGGCCGCCGCUCCAACGUUUCCGUAUUUAUUUAUUUUUUCUUUUAUUUUGCCAUCUAAAAGGUAUUGUCGCACUUGUUAUUUACAGCAAAUUCAAGGAAACUAGGACAUAUGUAUGAUGUAAAUACCAUUGUAAUGGUGAGGAAACAGGA